AUGUCUUCAGAUCUUACUGGGAAGGAACAAAUUGCCAUCAUUGGCAGUGGGCUCAUUGGUCAGUCCUGGGCCAUGAUUUUUGCUGGCGGAGGUUACAGAGUGACAAUCUAUGACAUCCUCCCCGAGCAGGUUUCUAAAGCUCUAGAAACUGUCAAAUCAAACUUGACUAAAUACGAGACUCAGGGCUGUCUCAGAGGCAGCCUUAGUGCACAGCAACAGAUUGGUCUCAUCUCUGGAUCUAGCAGUCUGGAGCAGUGCCUUCAGGCAGCAUCGUAUGUUCAGGAAUGUGUGCCUGAGCUUGUGGAUUUGAAGAGGAAAGUGUUCCAGCAAAUUGAUCCCUUUAUAACAGAACAUAUGGUCGUGGCAACUUCAAGCAGCUGCAUCGGAGUCUCACAGUUUGCUGGGGACUUAAAAAACAGGCAUCGGACAUUAGUAGCUCAUCCGGUGAACCCACCAUAUUUCAUCCCCUUAGUUGAGAUAGUACCAGGUCCCUGGACCUUACCAGAAGUGACCGCCAAGACAAGGACACUGUUGGAAGCAGUAGGUCAGUCUCCUGUGACUCUGAGCCGUGAAGUGCCUGGGUUUGCUCUCAACAGGAUUCAGUAUUCAAUCAUCAAUGAGUGUUGGAACAUGUACAAGGAUGGUCUGCUGAGUGCUAAGGACAUAGACAAAGUCAUGGUUGAUGGCCUGGGACCAAGAUACGCCUUCAUAGGACCACUUGAAACUAUGCACCUGAAUGCAGAUGGCAACACUGUGAAUUUGGUUGACUACUGCCAGCGGUACGCACAAGGAGCCUACAAUGUGACUUCUACAUUCAUCCCUCCACCGAUCCUGUACGAUGUUCCUACAGCUGAAGAUAUCCUCAAGGAGGUUCAGGAAACCAUUCCCCUGGAGAAGAUUACUGAGAGGCGUGUCUGGCGAGAUGAACGUCUUGCCGCUUUAGCAGCACUGAAGAAACAGCUUAAAGAAAAGACUGACUAA